AUGCGACAAAUAUUUUCUCCAGCAUAUUUUAUACUCUUUUUUUUCUUGGUGAAUAUUUCACUUGAUGUAAAUGCUUUGGUGGUUCACCGCCCUGCUGCUCUCGCCCGAUUGGAGUUCAGUCCCUCAACCGUCAAUUUUGGCCCUCCCGUUUGGAGUGGGAGGGAGUACCGUGGUGUAUUGCUGAUUGUACAGGACAAUGUCGUUUGCCGCAGUGCGGAUAAUAGUAGUGAUGUGAAGGAGAAAAACGAGGAAAGUUGGCAUGGACGGGUCUUGAUGGUGAUGGGCGGCAGAUGCAGUCAAGCAGCAGCGGCGAUGAACGCGGAGUCACGUGGAGCCGUUGGUGUUUUGCUUGAAUCCGGAACUGAGACAGGUAAGAAUGCACCUUUGGUAAAUAUUCCUGUUGAAAUUCUCUCAGAGGGAGACCAUCGUCUCUUGGAAGAUUUCGUUAAUAAGGGAUUCACUGUGGAGGUAUCACUUGGGCAUAACUUAAAUGUUUUACGUUAUGCAGUCUGA